GUCUGCCCGCAACCAAAGCGACGAGCCUCGCGGGCGAACCCUCUUCACCCUCGAUAGCGGACCAGCUGAUUUGUCAAGACACCUAUUGAAGGGGAAACCGAAGUACAUGCUCGCCCUGUAAAGGCCCGGGUAAAUCCAACGGCCCGCAUGGCGCACAGCAACUCGCGUCUUCCACCACACCUGGCCUCCGUCCUGGAGAGCAUCAACGCCUCCAGCAUGGUGCCGGGCGACGACCUCGACCUCUUCUUCCACUGCUGGAUCCGCCCGCACUGCCCGGCAUGCCUGUCGGCGUCCAACCCGUACCCGUGCUCGUGGUGCGCGACCUCGCAGACCUGCGUCCCCAACACCAUCUACCCGUACCCGUUCGGCAUCCUCUCGCCGCUCCAAUCCGCCGAGAUCUGCCCCCUGGCGUGGCGGGAGCGGUGGGAGCUGCGCGCCCGGCCGUUCAGCUGUCGGUGCUCGAGCAUGACCUUUGUGAGCGUGGUGGUCGCGGUGCUCGCGACGUUGGUGGGCCUGUCCUUGAUCUGGACGGCGGUCCGGCUCGGGAGGUGGGCUGGAAGGAAGUGGAGGGGGAGAAAGCAGGGCUGGUGGAGGGUGAGCCGUUGGGUGCCGGCCUGGAUGGUUGCGUGGAGGAGGGGACCGCGCAAGGAUGCUUCUACAGCGACGGGGGCUCGAGGAGGGAUGGAUACCGGUGGAGGAGGAGCAGCAGCAACAGACGAAACCACACCAUUACUCGCGUGAUUCACCCGGACUAGCAAAGGCGCGUCUUUCUACAUCGAUACGUA